AUGUCCAUCCGCCAAUCCAAGAAUGGGCUGGACACUUCAUUGCCUUUUCCCGCGAUCAUGCGCGGUUACAGUGACCGAGCAUUGACACCUAUAGUCAUUUACCUCGUUGUCUCCUUGUUCGCUACGAUUGUAGAAAAGUUCCUUGCCACCGGUUCCGAAUACAAGUUUCCUUUUCCCCUGUUCACCGCCUUUUUUCAACUUCUCAUUACAGCGGUUCUCAUGCGGGCAUGGGAAGUCCUGGGGAAAAUGACUUCAUUUCGUGUACGUGCGACAGGCUGGGAUAGGGCAACGGCAACACGUAUUGUUCCGUUAUCGUGUGUCUACGUAUGCUUGAUAGUCGUCGAUAUCCAUUUUCUUCAGACCGUCCCGCCCACCUUGUAUUUGAUUGUUCGCGCGAUAUCCAUUCCAAUAUCCAUUUUGUUGUCGCUCCGUUGGCUUCAUCAAACCGUAUCUUCUUUUAUGCAAGGAAUGUGCAUAGCAAUCAUAAUCGGUCUUUGGUUGGCCUCCGAUGGUCUAUUGGCGUUGUCUACUCGUGGGAUCUUUUGGGGUCUCAUCUACGCGACGCUGAUCGCAGUGUAUAGCGUAUUGAUAAAAAACUCUUUGGUCGUCGUUCAUCAAGACAUCUGGCGGUUGUUAUAUUACUACAUUUCGAUGGCGAUACCGAUGAUGGGGGUGAUAUUAUGGAUCUCUGGCGAGUCAAGUCGGAUACGUAAAGAGGUCUACUUUCUUGAUGAAUUUGGGUUCUGGUUUCAGAUGGUUAUUGCAGCCAUUAUUGGAUUUGUCGUGAACGCGACCAUGAUACGACUCGUGAAACUGACGUCGCCAUUGAUUCAUUGCAUUUCCAUGACUACCAAGGGCUGCCUGCAAGUAUUCACCAUUGCUAUUCUUAUGGAUAAUCCGCUUCAUUUUCAGCACACUGUAGGCAUUCUGAUGGCCUUGAUCAGCUGUUUCAUUUGUUCCUUUGCAUGA